GCACAGCGCACUCGGCUGCGGGCACCGCGGCGCGCGGACAUGGCGCCACUGACGCGCCCGCCGACCCACACGGUGAGGCGUUACCGACAUUUGAGGCAGUAGAAGGUAGGAAGAGCAGCCAACGGCAGGAGGCGGCAGGAGGCAGAAGGCAGCAGUAUGGCGUUGAAGACGCCUACGCCGCGCGACGGCGAGCGCGAGACUUGGGGCAAGAAGGUUGACUUCCUGCUCUCCGUCAUCGGGUUCGCCGUCGACCUCGCCAACGUGUGGCGCUUCCCUUAUCUCUGCUACAAGAAUGGAGGGGGAGCUUUCCUGGUGCCGUACUGCAUAAUGUUGGUGGUGGGCGGCAUUCCACUCUUCUAUAUGGAGCUGGCGCUCGGGCAGUUUCACCGCAAGGGCGCUAUCACCUGCUGGGGCAGGCUAGUGCCGCUCUUCAAAGGUAUCGGGUACGCGGUGGUUCUGAUAGCUUUCUACGUGGAUUUCUAUUACAAUGUCAUCAUCGCGUGGGCGCUCCGCUUCUUCUUCGCCUCUUUCACCACCAUGCUACCGUGGACUAGCUGCAACAACGAGUGGAACACGCCCUCUUGUCAACCGUUUGAAGCCAACUGGGAUGCAUUGCCAGUCAACAAAUCUCAACCGCUUCACAACGAAUCCGACUCUAUGGCAUCUUCACAACCCUUUACAUCAGCGGCUUCUGAAUAUUUUAACCGCGCUAUCCUGGAGUUGCAAGGGAGUGAAGGACUUCACGACUUGGGCGCCAUCAAGUGGGAUAUGGCCUUGUGUCUGCUGGCUGUCUAUAUCAUCUGCUACUUCUCUCUUUGGAAAGGGAUCAGCACUUCUGGCAAAGUGGUUUGGUUCACGGCUCUCUUCCCGUAUGCAGUGCUUCUGAUCCUGUUAGUCCGCGGUAUAACGCUGCCAGGCUCCGCGACCGGCAUACAGUAUUACCUUAGUCCGAACUUCGAAGCCAUUACACAGCCACAGGUUUGGGUGGACGCGGCGACACAAGUAUUCUUCUCAUUGGGUCCUGGAUUCGGUGUGCUGUUGGCGUAUGCGUCUUAUAAUAAAUACCAUAACAACGUUUACAAAGACGCAAUUUUGACUAGCGUGAUCAACUCUUGCACGUCGUUCGUUGCUGGGUUUGUCAUCUUCAGCGUGCUGGGCUACAUGGCGCACGCGUCCGGCAAGCAGGUGCAGGACGUGGCCACUGAGGGCCCGGGCCUUGUAUUCGUCGUCUACCCUGCCGCUAUAGCUACGAUGCCCGGAUCCACUUUCUGGGCGCUGAUAUUUUUUAUGAUGCUACUGACUUUGGGACUUGAUAGCUCUUUCGGCGGUUCAGAAGCAAUCAUAACAGCUUUGAGCGACGAGUUUCCACCGAUCGGUCGUCACCGUGAGAUAUUCGUGGCGUGUCUCUUCACUCUGUACUUCUUCGUGGGUCUGGCGUCAUGCACCAAGGGUGGUUUCUACUUCUUCCAACUGCUGGACAGAUACGCAGCUGGUUAUUCCAUGCUCGUCGCUGUGUUCUUCGAGGCGAUUGCUGUGUCUUGGAUUUACGGUACGGAGCGUUUCUGCGAGGACAUCCGCGACAUGAUUGGGUUCCGUCCGGGCGUGUACUGGCGCGUCUGCUGGCGCUUUGCUGCACCCGCCUUCCUGCUGUUUAUCACCGUGUACGGCUUGCUCGACUACCAGCCGCUCGCAUACGAAGGAUACGUGUACCCCGGCUGGGCCAACGCGCUCGGCUGGACCAUCGCCGGCUCCAGUGUCAUCUGCAUACCCACCGUCGCUGUAUACAAGAUUCUUACUACCAAGGGAACCUUCUUAGAGCGUCUACGCAUUUUAACGACACCCCUGGCGGACACAGAGCGCGGCUCGGUACACAACGGCGUGGUGGUGUCUGAGAGUGGCGGCGUUAGGCUGACAUCCAACGCCGGCACGCCCACAACGCCGACAGCCCCCGCCGCGGACACCAACACCACCAUCGUCGCUAACACCAUCGCCACCACCACCAACGUCUCGCUUGCGCCGGGGCCUGCGCUUGUCUGAACUCAACUUUCCUUUGACAUCUACUACGUGUAAAGGGUCUAGUCUAUGCACGCUAAACGAUGUCACUCAACUUAUCUAUGGACUCUAAAUUGUGAAUUGAAAAGUGUAUUAUAAAAAGCUAGAAACGGGCAACAAGAUGGCGUUAAUGAUAUAAGGAAACAUAAAAUAAUAAUGCAAACUUAACUUCUUAUCUGUAAUAGGUUUGGUUAAGUUAAUUUUUAAGGUAUAAAAAGCACACAAUUGUAUAUGUGUGCCG